CUCACGCCAACAGCCAUCGGUACAAGCAGUGGGCCUCGCUCGCCCCUGUUGGCAGCUGUAGCCAGUUCCGUGGAAAGGUGUGCAGAGGGGGCUCACUGAGUUCCCGACCAGAUCCGUCGUAGACCCGGGAGUGGCGCGCGCCAUCUCAACUGUGAGGGAACACCCAUAGGCGGCGGGAGAGGGGCGCCGCGGGGAGCGAAUAAAGCUCCGCAACCGGAAGUGUCUUCUGGGAGGUGUCGCACCCGGAAGUGUGGCAAAUCCCCAGCCGCACCCGGAAGUGUGAUGCUACCGCCGCUACGGGGAAGUAAUGGUAUCCGGCCAAUUGAGAUACGGGGUUAAAACAGGGAUGUGCAGAUGGAGGCCGGAGGAGACACUGCUGCCCCAGCCCCCGGGGGCGCGGAAGACUUGGAGGACAUGCGGAUCCCCAGUGAGGAGACUGAAGACCAUGGAGGGGUUCACGCCAGCCCGCCGGAUCCCGAAGACGGGGGCCUGGAGGAAACAGGAUCCAAGGCCAUGGACCAGCCACCCAGCCUGUCACCACUGCCCCAGACAGAGGCCCCAUCAAGCACCUGUCGACUCUGGGGUCCUGCAGCCCCUGAGAGUAGUCCCAUGGGUAUCCCUGAGAGUGGCUCUGGAGGCCAGGGAGGGGAUCCCAGCGAUGAGGACUGGCGCAGCCAGCGGAAACAUGUGUUUGUGCUGAGUGAGGCUGGCAAGCCCAUCUACUCACGGUACGGUAGUGUGGAGGCACUGUCAGCUACCAUGGGUGUGAUGACAGCCCUGGUUUCCUUCGUGCAGAGCGCAGGAGAUGCCAUCCGCGCCAUCUACGCUGAGGACCACAAGCUGGUGUUCCUACAGCAGGGCCCACUGCUGCUGGUGGCCGUGUCACGGACUCCUCAGUCAGCAGCCCAGCUGCGAGGGGAGCUGCUAGCUGUGCAUGCACAGAUCGUGAGCACGCUGACACGUGCGAGUGUCGCCCGCAUCUUCGCACACAAGCAGAACUACGACCUCCGCCGCCUGCUGGCCGGCUCAGAGCGCACGCUGGACCGACUUCUGGACAGCGUGGAGCAAGAUCCAGGUGCCCUGCUCCUAGGUGCUGUGCGCUGCGUGCCCCUAGCCCGCCCGAUGAGGGACGCACUGGGUGCGCUGCUGCGACGUUGCACAGCACCCGGCCUGGCACUGUCAGUGCUGGCAGUUGGCGGUCGACUGAUAACAGCAGCCCAGGAGCGGAAUGUGCUGGCUGAGUGCCGGCUGGACCCAGCUGACCUGCAAUUGCUGCUCGACUGGGUGGGUGCACCAGCCUUUGCAGCAGGUGAGGCAUGGGCACCCGUGUGCCUGCCCCGCUUCAACCCUGAUGGUUUCUUCUAUGCCUAUGUGGCCCGCCUGGAUGCCAUGCCUGUCUGUCUGCUGCUGCUGGGCACCCAGCGUGAAGCCUUCCAUGCCAUGGCCGCCUGCCGGCGCCUGGUCGAGGAUGGGAUGCGUGCCCUUGGUGCCAUGCGUGCCCUUGGGGAGGCUGUCAGCUUCUCCAAUGCCCCAUCAGCCAACACCCCUGCCUACAGCGUGCAGGCUGUGGGGGCACCUGGCCUCCGGCACUUCCUCUAUAAGCCACUGGACAUCCCUGACCACCACCGCCAGCUGCCCCAGUUUACCAGCCCUGAGCUAGAGGCCCCGUACAGCAGAGAGGAGGAGCGGCAGCGGCUGUCGGACCUGUACCACCGCCUGCACGCCCGCCUCCACAGCACCUCCCGACCCCUGCGCCUCAUUUACCAUGUGGCUGAGAAGGAGACACUGCUGGCCUGGGUGACCUCCAAAUUCGAGCUCUAUACCUGCCUCAGCCCCCUGGUGACCAAGGCAGGUGCGAUCUUGGUAGUGACCAAACUCCUGCGCUGGGUGAGGAAAGAAGAGGACCGGCUCUUCAUUCGCUACCCACCCAAGUACUCCACACCACCAGCCACCUCUGCGGACCAAGCUCCCCAUAAUGGCUUGUUCACUGGACUCUGAGAAACAGAGCUCCCAGACUGGGCAGUGCUUGGAGCAACCACCUUUGGUUCUUACCUUCUGUUUCCACCCUCGAAAUGUGGGGGCGGGGGGGUCUGUGGCUGGUCAUUGUCUCCCCGAGCAAUGGGCAAGCUCUGAGGGCCUGCCGACAACAGAGAGAUGGGUGGCAGCAGCCAGGUGAGCAGGCUCCUCUCCCAGCCACCUCAUGCACCUCCCCGUCUGGGGAAAUCCUUAGGCCUCCCUCUCCCUUCCCUCUGCCUCACCUCCGCCAUUUGGAUGGUGUUCCGGCCUCUGUCAAGGGCUGUCCCCUCCAAACGUCCUUCAGGGGUCUGCCUCCUCGAUGGAAUCUCAGCCCUGAGUGUCCAAGGCUGGCCUGGGGCUCUGGUGUGGCCCAUCGGGCUUGUGAAAUGGGAACGCAGGGCCAGCCUGUGCCUGGAUCUGGCCUGAGAGUAUUUUAAAGAAAAAACUGUUCAUAAAAGGCCUAAAA